CCAGUUAAAGUUCAAAAUACUGCAUUCUGAUUGGCUACUUGAGAGAAUGGUGCCACUUAAUAUGGUUAUUGACUACUUCCACCACAUAGGGAGCACAGAGUUGCUGCUGAACCUCUGCAAACUUUACCUGCAACCCAAGUUCAGUUCUCACUUCCUUCAAUACUAAAGACACCCUGCUAGUAAGAUUUUGUGAAUCCCUUAAAUGUCUUUGAUUUGAUUAAUUUUACUCAUUUCAUUAUUAUUUUUUUGCUGCAGCUACUCAGCAGAACCCCCGUGUCUGAUGCCAGGGAUAGUGUGAAGAUGGAAUCUGUCCCCAUUAAAGAGGAGCUCCCUGAGCUUGAACUCGUCCCCAUUAGACUGGUUUUCUCCGGAUUGCCUUCCCUCCCCAUGAAACAGGAGAUGCCAUGUGACAGCAUCAAGUCAGAGGUGCCUGGUAUUAAAGAUGAGAGCAAUGAACUGGAGAUCCCCCAGACAGCAGGACCAGGUCCCAUAAAAGAAGAGGUGCUGGAAAUGCAGCCACUAAGCAGAAGCAUGUGUGAUGCCAUGGACAGUGUGAAGACUGAAUCUGACCUGAUUUAAAGAGGAGCUCCCUGAACUUGAAGUGGUCCCCAUUGCACUGUUAUCUGCACUGGCUUCCCUCCCCAUUAAACAGGAGCUCUGUGAGAUCAUGCCAUGCAGUGGCAUCAAGCCAGAGGGGUGUGCUGGGAUUAAAGCUGAACACAGUGAAUUGGAGAUCUGCCAGACAGAAGAACCCGUUUCCUUGAAAGCAGCCCCCCCCUGCGCUGGGUCCUGUACGCCUGCGGGCGUGUAGCGUGGUGCUGAAGAGAAUCUGCCUGAGAGUGCAGGGUGCUGGAGAGGGAGCCAGCUCUCCCAACAGCAUGCGAGGAUGUGGAAAGGAAGACGGGGGGAGCUCCCAUUCAGAGUGCAGUCCAGCAGGUUCCAGAACAGCAGCUAAAGCAAGGGCGAGCAGUGACUGUGGGAAUGGUGUCACCAAGUCAGGAGGUUUUAGAAUACUCCAGCGAACGCGCAGAGGAAAGAAACCGUAUCUCUGCUCUGACUGUGGGAAGAGUUUCAGUUGGUCAGAAAACCUUGCAACACACCAGCGAAUUCAUACAGGAGAAAAACCGUAUCUCUGCUCUGACUGUGGGAAGAGUUUCAGUUGGUCAGAAAACCUUGUAAUACACCUGCGAAUUCACACAGGAGAGAAACCAUUUCACUGCUCUGACUGUGGGAAGAGGUUUAGUCAUUCAGCAACCCUUGUAAUACACCAGCGAAUUCAUACAGGCGAAAAACCGUAUCACUGUUCUGAAUGUGGGAAAGGGUUCAGUCACUUGGGAGAUCUUGUAAAACACUGGCGUGUUCACACAGGAGAGAAACCGUAUCAGUGUUCUGACUGUGGGAUGAGGUUUAAUCAGUCAGGACACCUUAAAACACACCAGCGAACACACACAGGAGAGAAACCGUAUCGCUCUGACUGUGGGCAGAGUUUCAGUCGGUCAGGAAACCUUGCAUCUCACCAGCGAAUUCACACAGGAGAGAAACCGUAUCAGUGUUCUGACUGUGGGAUGAGGUUUAAUCAGUCAGGACACCUUAAAACACACCAGCGAACACACACAGGAGAGAAACCGUAUCACUGUGACUGUGGGAAGACGUUCAGUUCAUCAACAAACCUUGUAUCACACCAGCGAAUUCACACAGGAGACAAACCAUAUCACUGCUCAGACUGUAAGAAGAGUUUCAUUCAGUCAGGAGGUCUUGUAAAACACCAGCGUGUUCACACAGGAGAGAAACCAUAUCACUGUAAUGAUUGUGGGAAGGGUUUCAGUUCGUCAAGAUACCUUGUUGUACACAAACGACUUCACACAGGAGAGAAACCAUAUCGCUGUUCUGAUUGUGGGACGAGGUUUAAUCAGUCAGGACACCUUAAAACACACCAGCGAACUCACACAGGAGUGAAACCGUAUCACUGUUCUGAUUGCGGGAAGAGUUACAGUGAUUCAAGAGACUUUGUAAAACACCAGCGAAUUCACACAUGAUAAAAAAUGCAUUGCUGCUCUGACUGUGGGAAGAGUUUUUAUAAGUCACGACACCUUGUAAGACGCGAGUGAAUUCAUGCAAGAGAGAAACCAAAAAAAAAAACACCUUUAGAUUUCAGUGAUGUUCCGUAUGAAAUAACUUUGGUCUGUUUUGUUCAGAAGAGCCAGCUUCUGUUUCAUUGUCACAGAGCUGCCUAGUGUGGGUGCCUGAGCUGUGGAGACAGACCCUGCCAAAAAUCUUUAACCCUUUGAGUAGUACGAAUGUACCGGUACGUCAUUGAAUUAAUGGUCCCCAGGGAGUAUGAAUGUACUGGUACGUUAUGCAAAUUUUGAGCUUUUGAAUUUGAAUUUUGAACUACAAUUACUGGGUCUACAAAACUGCUGAUAAUCUGAUAUUGUAACACUAGGUGUCUGUAACACCUUGUAAUGGUCUCUUGCGUCAUCUGCCAGAUACCGACAGAAUUACACACACCAAACCCAGUCAAAAAAUGUCCACAAUGUCUGGAAAACGGUGGGAAAUGCUCUGUGGGAAAGAAGUACGAGAAAUUAUACUGAAUUCCGAUUUAAAUUCUUCUACUGAAUCAGGCGUUAGUGAAAAUAUCAGUGAAGAAUAUUUACCUUCCUCGAGUGGCCCAAGCUCAGACAAUGUGACAGGGAUCACUGAGCUACAUUUUCCUCACUGCCUUCACCCUCACCACGUGUUUACCCGGACGUGUUGUUGAUCCUGAUCGUUGUUUAUUGAGUACCUGUUACUUUUGUCAAAACCUUUCGCUAUGACAAAAUAACGAUUCAACUUUAUUUGUUUUGUUUAUUUACUAUAAGAAAUAGUUGUUUACAUAUUUUCAUUGUGUAAUAAAUUGCUAAUAGGCCUACCAACAGAUGUGUCGAUGUGAGGAGUGUAAAUAUGAGAAAUUAAAAAAAAAACUCACUCCAGUGGGCCCAUCCAAACAUUCUAAAACUUACUACUCAAAGGGUUCAUUCAUAUAUUUAGGAAAAGUCAAAAACUGGCUGUGGCAGCACGAUUGCCCUGCACAAUGGGGAAUUUAGUGUUGGUGUAAUUUGUAUGUGGAAGUGGGUUUAUUGUGUAUCUUUGUGGGAGUUGAUUUUCUGUGAUUAGAUUAUUGUUUACAGACGGGCGCUCCAUUGAGACUUGCUGCCUGCUAGGUUUGGUUGAGGGGAAGGAGAGGGGAAGGUUUGGUUGACAGCAAGUGAUUGGCUGUGCUGUUCCUCAAGCGGCAGGUGCGCGAGUCUUGACCGAGUGUCCGUCAGUUUAAAAACAUCCAGUGGCGAUCGCUCUGGGCGACUGCAAUGCCAUACUUCAGAGGGGAGCUGCGUAUACUCAGGAAGAGAGCAUCUGCUCUGCAGGAACGGGAGCUACGCAACCCUGCAACUGCAAGCAGUGCUUGUGAAGGCAAUGCCCAGCCAAGGCCGUGUGAAGCAGCAGGAGUCGUCAUCUGAACACCGGCUCAUCAGUAGAUUAGUUUAGGGGAUAGUAAUCCCAUGUAAUGUACAGCGAGGGUUAUGUAGUGUAGCCGGUUCCUGGAGCGGGACGCCUCGUUUAUAAGGCUAGCACUCGCCCUGUGUGUACCUUUUAUUUGUAGUUUUUAUACUGUGUUUUAUUUUUCCUUUUGCACAGCUUGCUGUAUGUGUUCUCUGUGUGUUACCAUGGCUGGCAACAUCACAUGACCCUUUUGUUUACUUUCUGUUUUGUGAAUAAAUCCUGCGUGCCUGUGCUGGCGUUUAACUCCACCUUCCCAUGUCUGUGAUGCUUAAACAGUGGUUACCCACACACGGGAGACGAGCGCCCUGUCACACGGACACACACAUACGAUUUACAGCGGAAGAGUAUUUAACAUUUUAAAUGCAAAAUGGGUCAAACUGACCUGCAUGGCGGUUCUACUGUUAAAUGACUACAGUGAAAGGAAUUUGAUG